AUGCCGGUGAACGGAGGCAGCGGCGUCUGCGAGAGACUUUUGUUUUUGCAUGGCACCUCGGAUCUGUUGGCGGCGCAGUUGCGGCUGAAGGAGUUAACGCUGUACCCCGAGCGCGGAACUCCGCAGGAGAAGGACCGUCGCGACGACGUCAACACAGAUGUCUGUUGGUGUCUCUUGCCGCCUGCGCACUUCAGUGCGUGGUGCCAAAAUCGCCACGGGACCCUUCACGGCGGGCUGUGCCUUGCGCUUUUUCUCGCCGUAUGCAAAGCACAUCUUCGCCGCCAAGGUGGAACCGUGGGUGAGGUGACACACGUGAGCAUCCAGUACAUGCGCCCCGUCUUCACCACUUCUGCACUUGCGGUGUGGAGCGAGCUGCACGAGAACAUCAGCGGCGCCAACGCUGCAGCGCGGCAUGGCGGCGGCGUGGUACGUGCAACGAUGGAGCUGUAUAUGCAGCCAAACCCACAACAGAGGGGUGGCGAGCAGGCGGAGGCGGGGCAGGAGCACCUUGGCCUGCUCAAGAAGGGACAGAAGAUGGAUGCCGCACUGUGUUGCUGCAGGGCGUUUAUCACUAUUGCCAGGAAACUGACCCCUGCUGGCCACCACCUGUGA